CGUCAUCGUAAUUUCCUUUUAAAAUUUUAUGAAAAAUAAAAAAUAUUGUAUCAUUUAAUAUUGGAAACGGCUCAUUUGUCCACUGUUUUUUCUUCUUCCUCCAGUCAAAACGAAUCUAUCCAGCCAAUGAUUUAAUUUUAAACCUUUCACGUUUUAUUGUGGAUCAUCCUGUGUAACAAUGUAAUGGUGGUAAAGAAUCAGCACCACGAAUAUUUAUUCACAUUACUUACCGUAUACUUUUGAUGACUCGGGUGACGAACUCUCAGUUGCCAUGGCAACCCGCCUCCGAGCAUUGGAGGCGGAGCUUCCAUCGACAGUGUCAAUUUUACUAGUACGCUGUCCAAUUAACUUCACUUUAUGCAGUAUUGUUAACUCGUCAGACUGAUUUAUAACCACCAAAACGGCUUUAGUGGACCAACUACAGUCGUACAGCAGGAGGCCAGAAUUAGGGCGAGCUAGAUCGUCAGGGCACAGAUGGAGAAACUCAGGGAAGAGUUUGAGCAGAUCGUAGGCGAGCUGGAGUGGCAGGAUGUCGCCGCCACGCUGCAGGAGUUGUGCUCCAACGUCAUGUCCGACCCUACCCCUACUACUUCUCCUCAUCUUCCCAGCCAAAACCCUUCCUCAAACCCCAAUCUGUCGCCCGUAUUCGGGUUGUCGCUGGACGUCCGCCCUCAGCCAGCUCGCUUGCCGGCGCGGCUUCCAUUUAUCCCGCCCGCCCAGUUAGUGGCGCUUCCCAGUAUGAGAUACGGGCCACAGUUCAAUCCGUACAUUAUGCAGCCCUUUUACCUCAGCCGCCAGCCAGGGGGUCCUUUCCGUCACCAGUUUUUACCGUGCCAGGUGCCAGCACAUGUCGUCCAAAGUCAGGGAGCCUUUACCUUCACAAGUGCUCCAGCGCAGCAGAAAAAAAAUCUGCCUGUGGUGCCGCUGCCUGAAGGUGCCACUCUGCGCGCUGUCGGAAUGCUCAACGGGGAAGUGUUAUACGCGGCAGUGGACGCCUCUCAGGCCGCACCUCCUCCUCUUCCUGCCGCAUCCUUCACUGCUAAAAGGACAUGCAAACGGCGACGCAAGCUUCCCGGAGUCAAAAAGCCGCCCAACGCUUUCAUGUGCUUCCUUAGGGAGCAACGCCUUGCCAUGAAGAGCCAAUUGGAGAAUAUGGACAGUGCGGCUGUCAACAAGUUGCUAGCACAGUUGUGGACGUCGCUAAACAAAGAGCAGCAGGCUAAAUACUACGAGCAGGCCUUCGUGGAGAAGAAGCUGCAUGAGCAGAUGUCCUCCGAAGCAUCCAGCGGCGACCAAGACAAAAGCCAAGAAAAAAGCCAAGGCCCCAAGAAUAAGAGGCAGCGCGUCAGCACAACAGCCCAACACAAUGCCAAUGCCUGGAACGCCGCCGAUGACGGACUCUCCUCGUCCUCCCCCGCAUCCCCUUCGUCGUCCUCCUCACCCUCGCCUUCCUCCUCUUCCUCCACCACCUCCUCCGUGUCUUCUGCGUCAUCAUCUUCCCUCUCUUCGUUAGCGGACGCAACAGCCGAGGGCGGCGACACCGCCGUCUCUCCGUCCGCCAUGCCGCGUCCCCCCGACAAAUGUCCCAACUCGGGCGACGAGUCCGACAUCGACGGCAUGGACGCACAGCUGCUGCACCUGCUCGGGUGCUGUUAAGAACAAAAUGUUCUUUUUAUGAAAACAUAAAUAAAGUGGAUGUAA